AUGGGCUAUCGGGGAGCAUGGAACAUUAUCCAUCAAGGCAAGGUAUAUCUCUACAUUAGUGAAGACGAAUAUGUUUGUUUUCCAGAGGACGAAGGCGACCUUGUCCGUUGUGUCACUAAAUUUCUUCGUGAUUUCUCAAAAUUUCAAAAACAACAGAAUAUCAGGCCAUUCCCUCUAUCUUUACAGAUAAAUUUCAGUUGCGUGUAUACACUUGAUCUGGAUCAUAAAAUAUUGAAAGCGAAAUCAUGGGUUGAUACAGAAGACAGUUAUAAGCUGGACGUUACAGUCUUCCGUAUCGCCGACUCAGGAAAAGUGCGUCUACAACGGGUGGCAGGUGAAGAAUGCAAGGCCGUCAGAUUGAGUCUUCCUUCAACCGUUGGAAAUUACACAUUGUCUGGACUUCAUUCGGAGGGACUUGAGCAGAAACUCAGCGAUCUCUUACUUCAAUCAAACCCCAUACGCCUUUUCCACGAGCAGCUUAUUCUGGAUAUCACAUUUCAGUGGCGGUCUUUUUUUGGUGACCCCGAUAAUUGGAGCACAUCCUGGCUUCUACAGAAGACUCUCUGCGAUGCAAUUCUGCGGGUAGCUGCUUGGGACUUUAGAGUUCAUGAACCUGAUGCAGUUGGUGAAGAUGGCGAGCUACCGGAAGUGCUUUCGAUAGCACCUUCUGCGUUCCCCGAAUGGUCUCCUUGCACAUCUGACAUCUUUUGGUUCCACCGCUUCCUUAUUGUUGUAUGUGAGGAUGCUUCGAACGGUGCUCUAGGAGCCUUGGCUCUGGAUAGAGCAAGGAUCUAUCUGAAGGGAGCUUCAGCCACGCAUUCAAUGCACAUGGCCCGUACCGCUUUUUGGGCCAGACUCGAGAUAUGCC